AUGUCAAAAUUGGGAUGUCAAAAAUUAUUAUUACAAAAAUAUUCAAAAUAUUUAAAGCCUUUUGCCUUAAUUGGAACUUUAAUUUUUAUUUUAUUAAUUUUAAUCACAACUUGGCAAAAUUUUUUUCUUCUAAGUUGGGAUUUAUUGUUUUAUAUUGGAUUUGUAUUGCCCUUUACUUUUCAUAUAUUUGCUUUGAUUUUAUCCAAAAUAUUUUGUCUGAAAGUAUCAUCAACAAAAACUAUAGUUGUUGAGUGUGGGAUUCAGGCAAAGAAUUAUUUUAUUUUUAAAUUUUGAAAUAACAAGGGAGCUUAUAAACAGAUUUACUGACACGAAUAGAUUAUUUAUUUUUGAUAAUGGAGCUGAGUAGUCUACAUCCGCCUUUUGUCGUCGUCGUCGUUCCCGCACAAACCAAAAGGAUGUGAAAUGGUCGGAGGAAAAGUCAAAAGGAUAAGAAGGGGUUGGAGG